AAGUACAGACAUUAGAGUCAGUCUUAAUGUGCUUGUAACCAACUGGAACGUAACAUGAUUUGGCUUUAAGUGCUGUUUUCACCGUUUUUAGCACUAUCACUGAAUCUAAUUUGAAGAUAAACAGCAGGGGACCAUAGCGGAGUGGGAUUCCACACUCUUCCAGGGGAACUAAUUCACCACAUUACAGCCCAGAGUUGAUUUACGAACUGAUUUGUCACCGCUGACUGGAGGAAACAAGCAAAUAGAGUAUGAUGAUUGCAGUUGGUCUUGGGCUUCUUUUUUCACUUCUCUGCCCUGAGCCAGCGGAGGCCCAGUUUCCUCGGGUUUGUUGUACAGUGGAGGGGAUCCUGACCAAGCAGUGUUGCCCUGCCCUGGGCUCCGAUCCUGCCAAUGUGUGCGGCUCUCUGUCGGGGAGAGGAAACUGCACUGCCGUCCGGGUGGACUCCAAACCCUGGGGAGGGCCGUACAGACUGAGGAACGUUGACGACAGAGAGAGGUGGCCCACCAAAUUCUUCAAUCAGACUUGCAGAUGUACUGGUAACUUUGCAGGCUACGACUGUGGCCAGUGUAAGUUUGGCUGGACCGGACCAAACUGUGACCAGAGGAAAGCUUCAGUGGUGCGAAAGAACAUCCACUCCUUGACCCCCGAGGAGCUCCAAGAGUUCCUGAAUGUUCUGGAUCUGGCUAAGGUGACCACCCACCCCGACUAUGUCAUUGGCACCCAACACUGGCUGGCACUGCUGGGACCAGAUGGAACCGAGCCACAAUUCUCCAACAUCUCCAUCUACGAUUUCUUCGUCUGGCAGCACUACUACUCAGUCAGAGACACUCUUCUGGCUCCAGGUCGACCGUUCAGAGGCAUCGAUUUCUCCCACAAAGGUCCAGCAUUCAUUACCUGGCACAGGUAUCAUCUCAUGAGCUUGGAACGAGAGCUUCAGCGACUGACAGGCAACGAGAACUUUGCCAUUCCUUACUGGAACUUUGCCACGGGGCAGAGCGAGUGUGAUGUGUGUACUGAUUCUCUGUUGGGGGGUAGGAACCCGGAUAACCCCUCUCUCAUUAGCAACCAGUCCAGAUUCUCCACAUGGGGUGUGGUGUGUAGCAGUCUGGACGACUACAACCGCCUGGUGACGCUGUGCAACGGCACCAGGGAGGGCCUCAUCCAGAGAGGGAUGAUAGAAAGCGCCAACACGUCUCUGCCCACCAUGAACGACGUCAGAAGCUGUCUGGGGAUCAGGGACUUCGACAGCCCUCCCUACUUCACCAACUCCUCCUUCAGCUUUAGAAAUGCCCUUGAAGGGUAUGAGAAGCCAGACGGAGAGGUGGACGAUACUGUGAACAACCUUCACAACCUCGUGCACGCCAUGCUCAACGGAACCAGCGCGUUGCCCCACUCUGCCGCCAACGAUCCCAUCUUCCUGGUGCUCCAUGCGUUCACUGACGCCAUCUUUGAUGAGUGGAUGCGCAGGUUUGCUCCGUCCAACGCCACCUACCCAGAUGAGAUGGCGCCAAUCGGUCACAACAGGGACUACAACAUGGUUCCCUUCUUCCCUCCAGUCACCAACGAGGAGCUCUACGUCACAUCUGAGCAGCUGGGAUAUUCCUACGCAAUUUCUCUGGAGGAUGCAGAUGGGACGCCUGCUGUGUUUGUGCUGGGCUCCACUUUAGGAGGAGUCUUCAUCGGCCUCCUGGUGCUCCUCCUUAUCUUUGUACUCUACCUUCGUCAGCAGAGAGGCCGAGGCUUUGAACCUCUGAUAAAAGCUGAUUUCACAAAUAGAAGGUACACGGAGGAAGCCUAGCUUUCAGCUGGUGGGUCUGACAUGCACUUCAGCGCUCAUACAUACCUCAGAGUGAAGGAACAGACGUACUGCAACACAGAUUCAACUGUGAGGCAAAAUAUGGAUCGUGUAACUGAGUAACAUUGAGCUUUUGAUGGAUUGUCUCACUAAUCACCAAUCACAUCAUUUACUAUGUAUUUGAAAUUGAUGUAUACUUUAACGCCCACUUGUUUAGUGCGAUUGACACAAAGUUGCCACAAACAGAAAUCUAUUGAAAUGUUUUGUUUUUUUAAUAUCAAUUUAUUCUCAAGAACAGUAACAAAACACAAAUGUAAUUAUCUUAAUUGCACUGAAAAACAGUAAGGCAUGUUUGUUCAACUCGUUCUCCAUCCGUCACUUGGAAAUUAUAUUCAAACUCCAAGUAAAAAAUAACUUUUUAUGAUUUGAUGUCCUACGGAUAUGCAUUCAUAGUUAAAAAAAGAAAAGAAAAGAAACCUCCUUCCUGUUGAAACUAACCCCGCAUCCCUUUUUAAAGAUUUUAUUGCAAAACUAUUACAAGUUCAAUGAUAUAAAACAUAAAAAGGGGCAUCCUGUGGGAGCAACAGUCAAAAUAAAGAGAGAUCUUCAAUUAAACAUGACAUUUUUUUUGUUGUUCUGGGGAUGUGGAUGCACGUGCAGACGUCAAAGCAAUAAAGAAAGAGGUCAAUGAAUAUUCAUCGAUACAUGGAGGAUGGCAGAAUACAGAUAACUGUGUGGAGAUGUGAGCUUAGCUGGAACUGGUGGUUGUGGUCCUGACGGGCUCUCAGAGAACAGCAGAUGUACAUACAGGCUGGUUUUGUGUGCCCCCCUUAGCCGUGCCAGGCCUCUCACAUUCUCUGUAAGUACGCUCCACUGAGGAGCUUCACCGGAGCGUUCAGCUCUGUCCGGUCCCCACAGAUUCUCAUUUCACAGGUGACUGUGGUCGGCUUCAAGCCUGCCUGUGCUGCAGACACAACCAUUCAAGCUUUCCAGAUAAAUUUAGCGGCCCUUUCUUCACAUUCCCAGUAACUACCUCGUGCUAUUUGCUGCUGUCUCUCUUGAUAAUUCCUGUGCCUUUCACAACUAUACGGAGGCUGUAUUAAUGUUGCAUCUUUUUUAAUUUUUGUGAUUCAGCGUGACAUUUUAAUGCUCUGUGUCAGUAUCUUUGUUUCUUUUUGCUAUGGUGCUCAUGAUAUAUGUAUUAAUAUAUAUAUAUAUAUAUUUAUUUUUUUUCCAAAUUGCAACAAAGGUCAGACAAUAAGUGCAGGAGUAGCAAAUAUCUAUGCAGUUCCAGUAAUUAUGAAACAUUUAUAAAUAUUUUGAGAGUAAUCUGGAAAUACAUCAAAUUGAUAGGCACCAAUUACUGUAAAUUAAUAUAGAUUUUACAGCAGGACAACACCGUACUGAUAAGAUGUGGUCUAAUAGUGCAAUGUGCAUCUCCAUCUACACAAAAUACACAAGACACGAUCCUGACUUUUUCCAUCUGUCUGUAUCUUGUAGGUUAAAUAUGUCUGUUGAACACUUUAAUUUGUUUAAUAGGCUUUUAGGAAUCUCCUAAUUGAAUGGUUUUGUACCAGUAGUUUUUAGUGGAUCAAUAUUUUUGUCAUCAAUCAAUAAAAUCUCACCAAUGAUUGGCAUUUAGCCUUCUCUGGGAUGGAUUCAUUGAUUUUUUUUAAGGGGACAUGCAACCCAUCGGAUGAAGGUGCGACCUUCUCUGGAAAAUACGCGAAAAGCCGCAUUUUAUUAAUUCAGUCCAGGUCGCCCACUCCUAAAGCCAAGCUUGAAAACUGCCGUAUUAUGAGAACAUUGUAAAGGUAAUUGAAUUUAUUGCAUGGAAAAUAAGUACAUGAAAGAUGGUAGCCGUAAGCCGAGCGGCGGGGUUUUUGCGCAAGGUCGCUGCUGAACAGACUCAGUGAAUAGAUAGAAGGCUGUGCAGCAUCAUGAUCAAACUAUGAUAAAGUGCACCAAUAAUGUUGCCAAACAUAAAAAGAUAAUACAUAAGAUGAAGGCAUGCAAUGAAGUGGCUGCAUUUGAUUGAGACAAAACGAAAGAAAGAAAGAAAAAAAGA